AUGGUGACCGUGCCAGGUCUGAAGGAGAUGUUGAAGAGACGCGGACUGAAUGACGCCGGAAACAGGAACGAGCUCGUUGCGCGCCUGGAGCGGGCCGACAGAGUUCAGGACAAAGAGGCUGGGCAAGGUGUAGGGCCGGACAAGAGCAGGACCAAGCUUGGGGUGUUGGGUCACGGCGACGGCAUUGCUCUGCGAGCGCCGGGAUCACGGAUUCGGAUUCAGAGCGAGAGCGGCGCCGUCAUGGAAGCACACCGAGAUGACACUGUCCCACCUGCUCAAGGUGGUACGGAAGACCACGAUAACUUCGGUUCACGGCAACAAAGCCAACUGAAGCGCCGUGACGCCUGGGAGCAGCGAGACCGUGAGGCGUACUCCGAGCGCCCUCAGCACGACGUCGAAGCGGAUGACGAGAACCACAGUCGACCCCCAUCUCGCGGGGAAUCCAGACUCCCGAACGCCGGAAACUCAGCCGCCGAACGCGGACGCCCGCCUUUCUUGACGUUUAUGCGGAGCACAAUUCCCUUCAACCUCCCGUUCUUGCCGCGACAACAGCCACCGCAACAACAGCCGACAGAGACUACGGUCGCGACGGAGAUGGAGAUAGGUAAAACGGAAACGACAGUGACACAGAGGAUUGGACCCAGUGGUACGUCUGGCGAGGGGCACGAGGAGAAGAGAUUAAAGAUGGGGAGGGUGGAGGAGGCGGAGGAGGAAGAGGAAGGUGGGGAGCAAGGUGAUGGGGGUUGGAUGAGGAAGAGCAAACGGGUUAAACGUGGACGUGAACUGGGAGAGAGUCGAAGGGGAGAAAGAGGGGAGAGGAAGAGUGAUGGUGGACGGCGAGAGAGGGAAGAGGAUGAGGAUGAGGAUAGGGUCAUGGGGGAUUGGGGGUGUGAGCGGAAUGUGGGUGGGGUGGGAUGCUCAUUCGCUGAUGGAACCGCUUGA